AUGGAGCAUCACGUUCCUUUCGACGAAGAGGGCCUGCCCAAGCUUGCGGACAUGACCAACGCCGAGAUUCGGCAUGGCUUCAAGCUCUUCUUCAUCAACCAGCCGCGACAGGCUGAGGCCUUUUUCGACGAGCACAUUGACGUGCCCAUCUUUGCAUUGGGCAAAACUGCCAUCCUCUGGCUCUGGGCUUUGCUCACCAUGGAGGAGGAAGACGUCAAGCGGGGGCAAGAAAUGGCCACCCGGGCUCAGGGUAUGGCCCGCGACCUGCGCAAAGCCAUGAGGCCUGCCAGCUCGUGGUUUGGCAGUCGAGCCAAGGAAACGCUGAGCCCAGAGGCCAUCUUUUACGAGGUCAUGGAGACCGAGUGCAUGCUCCUUCAUGCCAUCUUGAGCCUGCUCGGAGGCUCGGUUUUUGAUAAGGUGUCGGCUGGUCUGAACGUCCGCACCGUCUGGCAAAAUUAUUCCCGGCUCAGCAAGUUGGUCGAGUUUGAACCCGGGCAGAAGGACCCCGUGCACUUGGAGACUCGCGCUGCCAUUGACUUUGGUUUUGGUGUCUUCAAUCUGGCUUGCUCCAUUCUGCCUCCCAAGAUCCUAGCCGUGGCCAAGAUCCUCGGCUUUCCGACUUCGCGUGCAGAUGGUAUCAACAGCUUGCUCGCUGCCUACAAGCAUAAUUCGGUUCUUUCACCAAUCGCCGGGUUGGGCCUGCUGAUGCACCAUACCUUUCUACAAUCCACCUACGAUCUGGGCACUGAAAAGUAUCAGGAGGAUGUUGGCAUGAUCAUGGCAGUGGCUGCGGAGCGUUAUCCCGAUUCGGGCUGGUUUUACAUGUUUGAAGGCCGCUAUGCGCGCUUGCGGCGGCAGUCAGUGCGCAGCCUCGAGUGUUACCACCGUGCCAAGGACCGUCAGUCUGAGUGGAAGCCGUUGGCCGACAUGUGCGAUUACGAGAUUGCCUUCUCCGCCAUGGCGCUCUACGACUUUGAGCAGGCGCUGAAGCAUUGGCUCAUCCUCCUCGACACCAACGAUUGGUCCAAGGUCUUCUACAGCUACAUGGCUGCCACAUGCUUGGAUCACCUGGGCCGGCGUUCAGAGGCGCUUCAGCGCUUUCAAGCCAUCAAAGACAUGGAAGUGAUCAAGUUUGGGACGGGCCGAAUUCCCGUGGACAUUUUUUGCAAACGACGGGCGAAUGAUAAUGUCUACGACCACGACUACGAUCUCGUCUUGUCCGCCCUUGAGAUCCUAUAUGUCUGGGCCGGAUUUUACCACAUGAAUCGAGCAGUGCUUGAUAUGGCUUUUGACGACGUAGCACGGGAACGGAGUAAGCUAGAUGCAACUACGUCACCUGAUAAGCGUGCCUUGGUCACGACCCUAUAUGGUGCUCUGUGCGCACAAUUGGGCAUGCAAAGCCAAGCUGAGAAUAGUUUUCAAGAGGUCGAGGAUUUGCGUCCCGAGCUGAAGAACGAGGACUGGCUAGUGUUUUACGCGCGCUAUGAACUGGCCAUGCUUUGGUUCCGACAAGAUGGUCAGCCUACCGCACGUGUGGUAGACAUGCUCACCAAGGCGUCGAGUAAGAAAGACCACAACUGGGACACGCGUCUGCAUCUGCGCAUCGCCACAGCCAAUUACCACUUCAAGCACUGGGACGACCUGGGGUUGGGCCGUCCGGAGGCAGCCAUGGCCAAGUCGCUGCGCAGUUUGGAUGAACGUGAUGUUAAGCACUUGCAUCAACGUGGCAUUCCUCAUGUUUUUGGCGACUCAAAUGUGGAAGAAGACAUGGCAACAGAGGUGGAGGAGGCCGCACCCAAAGCUGGCAACGGGGUGGGUGAUGCAGAGCCUAGUACGGCCGAUGCGCGUGAUCAGGGAGCACGUCUGGUACAAGCCAUUCUUCAGUCGACCGAGCCCGAGAUGUCACAUGCGUUGGUGUAGGCGCUUUUUGGCCCGCGCUUGCUUCCAUCAACCAUUGAAGAUCGCUUGGUGACUGGUUUCAGGUGAUUGAGUUAUCUUGGCAUUUGAACAUGAUAAUUGACUGACACUUU